AUGGACAACAACCCCUCUCCUAUUGCCAUUCAAAGAAGGAUAUGGGACGGGCGCAUCUCACUAGAGAUCACCCUGGCACCUUCAGAAAGUCGAACUUACGACAAGACUGAUCCAUACCUCAUUUCAUUUCACCGAGUCUCUUAUUUGCCCACAUUACUCCCAAGACUCCGUGCAUUCUUCUCAACGUCCUUGAUCGAGCCUAGCUCUCAACACCAUGAUGGCUGGUUCUCCUUUGAAGGUGUGCCUCUAAAAUGGCACUACCCUGUUGGUCUACUCUUUGAUCUUUAUGCUGGAGCAGAGCCUGCUACAAGAAGUAGCACUCCAAGUCCCGACUCACCAGAAGACGAAUCACCACUCCCAUGGCGUCUAACUGUCCAUUUCAGUGAUUGGCCCGUGGAAGAUCUCGUCCGUCUUGAUGCAAAAGGGAUUUUUCUGAACGAUGCAUACAUAAACAGCGUCAAAGAGGCUGACUUUUUGCGCAAUGGAACCGCAAAGGGGAUCAUGACUCUAUCCAAGGAAGACUCAUCGGGCUUAUGGAAGGCUGUUGAGAAUGUGGACCUACCAUCUUUCCAGCGUAUCUCAAGCAUUCUUCUUCCUCCGCCAUCACAGCCAUUUCGCAAUGUACCAAUCCGUGUGUUUCUGCCACUACCGCCAGAUGGGGAUUCACCAUCAUUAAAAGUGGUCCAAUCGCCCUUUCCUCCUUCUAUUCAGACUUCGAGUAUGCAGGCUAGUCAGAUGAUUAGUUCUCGGUUAAGUCCGGCCACGCAACCGCAGACGAUAGGGAAUGUCUUGCAUACGUUGCUUCCGAAUCUAUUUCCCAGUCGGCGAACUCCGGUUCUUGCUCAGCCUGUGCUGCAUGGGGCGGUGCUUCCCAUGUCUGCGCCAAUUGAAGAGAUCGUGAGAAGCUCUGCUUAUGGAGAUGGUUGGGCGUAUGUGGUUGUGCGGAUGAUGGGAUGA